AUUCUACAUGCUAGAUUAUUGAAAGAAUGGAGAACAUAACAAGAAUAUGAGGUCAUCGAUGUUGAUAUGCAACGUAAAUCACGACAGCAGAAUCCGGUGGUGCAUAACUAGGAGCUGACAAGAAACAGGAAGCUUGAUCAGCCCACUAAAGUUUCGGCCUCUUCACAAGCUAUCUCGAGAAUCAUGGCGAAAUUAGGGGGAGUGGAGAAUGGUAAUGGGGCAAAAUCGUCGCAACAGAAUCGUUUUGCAAUUAUGGGGGAUUUGAUGGAUGAGGAAACUAAUCUCGUAGGAGCAAUUAAAGGGAAGGAAGUGAUAGAGGCAAGAAACUCCAGAAAUUCAAUUGGAGACUCACUUGCAAUGGACAUCACCCAUUCCCCAGUCUUUGAAGCCCAGCUGUCUGGCCCAACCCACCAAGAGGUUAGUAAAUCGACGCCAACCCCAGAUAGUUCCUUUGUGAAACCUAAAUCAAAGUCGUCUAAAAGGAAGACCAAGACACUAGGCCCAAUUCCUAAAGAAAGCAAAACUAGUGCUCCAAAGCCUUACGACCCACCGGCAGUAUCUAUGAAGCAAUCUGACUCCUCCCUCGUGUCACCAUCCACUCUACCAUCAGCAGGAAGUUCUUCUAAUGUUUCCAUCGAACAAGCUAUACCUACUACACCACUGCCGAUGCAACAAGCUGCCACUACAUUACAGAUGCUGCCUUCAAUCCAAGUUGCCUCAACGAGUCUCCUUGAGACUCCAUCCACUCCAAACUUGUCCGACAUAGGGAAUCCAUCCUCGACAUUGAGGCCAAACCAAAAUCUAGUGGCUAAUCAUACAUCACAGCUAACUAGACAAGUGCCUCCUCUGACGGACUCAGCCACUAAUGCACUUAAGUUUCUGCGAAGAUUCGGGUUCGAUAAGGAUUAUCAAGUUCCCUCUCAAGGGCGAGUAGAACCUUUGGGGUGUAAGUACACUUGGCUGCGUAAACAAAAUGGGAGAGUCCUGUUAAGGGAACGAUUAGAUAGGGCUCUCUUCAAUAUGCUGGCACUUGAAGCUUUCCCUAACACCAAAGUGAUUAACCUCCCCCGGCUUUGCAGUGACCACCAUCCUAUGUUGCUCUGCUUAGAAGCAUCUUUGCAAAGAGACAGGAUCUCCAAACCUAUCCAAUUUGAGGUUGCAUGGUUAACUCAUGAAGAUUUUAAACCGACUUUCACAAGUGCAUGGGCUUCACACAGGUCAUCAAUAACCGCUGCCAUUAAGUCAGUUCAGGGGGCAUGCUUGAAAUGGAAUAAGGAAGUAUUUGUCCUUUGGAAUGGGGAAACAUUACCACCUUUUAAUCCUCAACGAGGCCUAAGGCAAGGGGACCCGCUUUCCCCUUGUUUGUUCAUCAUGUGCAUGGAAAAACUAUCCCACAGGAUACAAAGCAAAGUGCAAUCCAGGUCCAUUCUAUUGCCAAAUGGUAUUUGUACAGCCAUUGAUAGUAUGAAUAGGAAGUUUCUUUGGGGCUCUGAUAUUGCUAAUAAACCACACCUUGUCAGUUGGGUGACAGGGUGCCGAUCACGAGAUCUUGGUGGGUUGGGUUUACGCUCAGCCAAGGAAAAUAACCAAGCGUUGGUCACAAAACUGGGCUGGCAAUUAAUCUCUAAUCCAAAUAAACCUUGGUGUGGAGCUCUCUUGGCAAAGUACCUAAAAAGUGGGUCUGUGAUGCAUUGCCCCACCUCUGUGACAGCUUCAGCUACAUGGAAGACUCUUUCCCCUGUUCCACCUGAUUUUAUGGACGCCCUUAUCUCGCAGGCCAUAACCCCGUCUGGAGACUGGAACGAGAGUUGGCUUGGAAAUCUUCUUCCUCAAAAUGUAGUUGAUCAGAUUUUGGCAACUCCAAUUCUAGUGUUUGGACAGCAAACGGAUAAAAUUUUCUGGAAUGGCUCCCCAGAUGGUACCUUCACUGUCAAAUCCACCUUCUAUUUGUUGCAGCAACAACAUGUUAACCCAACUCAACGUGAGGAGAACUGGAGGUGGUUCCCACCUGAUUUCCCUUUUCUCAAGCUGAAUACGGAUGGGGCACUGAACCAUUCCUCAGGGAGAGCUAGUGCAGGUGGACUCAUUCGGGAUCAUGGCGGUCGAUGGAUUCAUGGUUUUGCUAUUAACAUUGGGCCACAAACUACCUACAUGGCAGAGCUUUGGGGAUGUCAGAUUGGCCUUCAGCUAGUUCUCGAGCUGGGUAUUACUCACUUGGUUUUGGAAAUGGACUCGCUCUUCACUGUACAGAUGAUACAGGCGAGGAAGGCCGGAGAUGGCCAAACUUCAGUGCUAUUGUUGGACAUUUUUCAUUUGGUGAACUCCUUUGAGGUUUGCAUAGUUCAACACACGUUGAGGGAAGGAAACACAGCAGCAGAUUUCAUGGCAUCUAUCGGACAAGAUCUCAACCACAGCACCACCUUCUUUCCAACUCCACCACCAGAUAUCAGUGGCAUCCUCCAUGGGGAUAGCAUAGGAACUCUAUUCCUCAGGAUUUAGCUUUAUCUAGCUUCUUAUGUACCAAAAAGAAAAAAAUCUAGUGUUGGUUUUCUGUUCAAGAUGGUGAGUGGAUUCUCUGAUUCCAUCCACUUUACUUUUCUGAUAUUUCCCUUCAUAAAGACGCAUCUUUUAUACAAAUCUCUUAUAAAAU